AUGAGCUUAGGGAAAGGAACUUGCAUAAUAAUACAAUCAGGUCGUUGUGGACAUAAAAGUGAAAAGUUCUUGGAUGGUAUCUGUAGAAUGAAAGUACUUAAGUGUGAUUUAGGAGGAAGAUAUACUCAAAAACUUUCAAGGCCAACAUUAGAUAAAAUGAGGAUAAAGGGAAGCAAGAAGCAAGGAGCAUUUACCCAAAACAUAAUGGAGCAAAUUGAAUAUUAUGUUAUACAUGGUAGAUGUAAUGCACUAAUAAUUAAAAAUCUUUUACAACUCAAAGGAAUAAGCUUGGGUGACGCAGCUUCAUUAUUAUUAAAGCUUCUUGAUCUACAAUCUAAUGAUCUUACAUGGUUUGUAAAGCCAUUAUUAGACGAAAUAAGUAAUUGUCUAAUUGGUGUCUUUUGGAUAUCUCCAGAACAGUUAUCAAUUACAGAAGCUUCAACAUCAGAUGAUAAUUUAUUUAAGCCAAUCUUUGAUAGAGAAGAUUCUGCUGAAACUUUUACUGAAGUAGAUAAAAAUAGAGAAAUGGACUUGCAAUCAUUAAUGGCAAUAGUUAACAUUAAUGAUAUCAUCAAAAUAUGGAAAAUCUCUAGAUAUAAUCAUCCAAAAACUUACUAA